UGAUAUUAUAUGAACCCAGUAAUGUCUAUGGUUGUACAAAAUUUGAUUCUGACUUUCUGACUCCUCUGAUACAACAUUUUGUUGGCACCCAUGUUAAAGCAUCUAAAUAUGUACACUAAAACUCAUAUGUUUUGCAGGAGCUACAGCUUAGAUGAACGUCUUCUGUCCUGCUCUGAUACAGUCGAAGUAAGGCGAGUGAAAUUCCAUCCUGGCAGCAUCCACCACAAUCAUAUUCUAAUUCUCACAUCUGAUAAUAUGUUGAGAUUGUACCAAAUCAAAGAUACUGAAGCUUUGAACAUCGCAGUGAUUCCUGUAGGACAAAAACCAACUGGUAUGUUUCCUGGAAGUAAAACACCAUUCCUGGAUAUCUACGGAGAGAUAGCGGUCGAUUUCGAUUUUGGACAUCCAGAAAUUGCUGAGCUGCCCCCAUCGAUCGAAGGAAACAAUGAGAAAGCAAUGUCGAAAUAUGCGAAUAGAUCUAAAGAAGAAAAGUACAUGAUCAACGUAGAAACACAAACUUUCGACAAAAUCGCAACAAAGGACCCCACAUGGAAUAGAGAUGAUUGGGAUAAAUUGGUUUGGCCAAUUUAUAUCCUAAGAGGAGAUAUGACUAUCCAUUCACUCAAUAUGGACUUGAAAAAACGGUGGAAACCUUCCUUGAGAGGACCACUGCCCAUGUCUUCUCUUGAAAACAAUGGGCAAAAUGAGGCAUGCUCUUUAGUCUGUCUGAAUACUGUUCCACAAAUUAUGUGUAUAGCACAAUCAAAUGGUACUUUAUGCCAUUCCAUUAUACUGGACAUAGAAGAAGACGAAAUCAACAAGAUGAAAGAAAAUGCUAAAUUCAUCUCCCACAUACCUACUAAGGAACUCUGUGUUUUUGAAACCAUCGAACUUGAGCUGGGUCUGAUGACUAACGAAGAUGAUCUUGAUUCCAAAUAUAAAUGCCCCAUAUUUCUGAAGAAAGACGAAUCCAAACCAGGGAAAUAUUAUGCGACCCACAGCGCAGGUGUUCACUCUGUGGCCAUUUCUUGCGUGAAAGAAUUACAACAUUUCGUUGAUUCCCAAGAAGAUCCCACUUCUGAUAUUUUCAUCAAUCCCAGCAGAGCCGAAUAUAUGGUAUGCACCAAGACAGUAUCUUCCCAGAAAGUCAACCCAGUGAUUGGAUUCGCUCUGUAUUACGAACCGCCAGCUAUCAUAACACUUUUGAGCGACGGUAAUCUCGUCACAUUAGGAGUGAUGUAUACAUCGGAUAUGCCGAAGAUUGAGGAUCUUACAGUACAUGAAGAUGAUGAUAUCGCCAUACAUUCUCCGCUCAGAAAGAUGCUACAAGAGCCAUUUGAUCAGUACAUCCAAAAAAUCUUGAAGAAAACUUCAACUCAACCAAUUCUCAAGUUGGCUUCUACAGGAAAAACAAAUCAGGAACAAUGUUAUGAGCUUCUUCAGAGAGCAGCUCAGGUCUUGAGAGAGGAAUACUUCAAGAACCAUGCCAAGGCGAGAGAAGAACUAGAAAAGAGAGUCCAGACCUUGCUGAUGAUGAAAAAGAAUCAACAAAAAGAAAUUCAAUGCAUGAACGAUGAGACGGAUCGUAUGCAGGAGAAGGCUAGCAAUUUGGCAGAAAAAUACGAGGAUAUCAAGGAUAAACAGGACGAUCUGUUGAAAAAGUGUGAAAAUUUACUCAUGCUCGUAUCAAGAAAAAAAAGUGCUCCUUCCGAUGCAGAAAAAGCGUUCAUGGCUGAACUACACACUGUAGAGGAGAAAGUUGUUGCUUAUGGCAAUAAAAUUGACAAGAUUAAGAACAAGAUGAAAUAUCAGCAGAUUCAGAUGGAAAACUGGAAAGCUCAAGAAACAAAGAAAGUAUCUACAAUCAAUGCAACUCACACUAAUACUAUCAAGACGAAUUUGCAAGAAACGAGCAACAAGAUUACCGAAAUGAUCAAGGAAAUAAAUGACUAUAAAAAAAUGCUCAAUCUGAAGGAUGCUCUUCAAUGA